CGCCCACCAUGGGCAGGAUGAAAUGGGAGGGCUCCGGAUGGCUGCAAGGGGGUGGAGAUAGCCAGGAGCCACAAAUAUUUAAAAUGGGUGUAAGGAGGAGACACCCACAAACACCCACCCACCUACACACACACAUAAGAUACGGCCUCUUUCGGCAAGCACAGACAAUUGACUUGUUAAGAGGCAGCACUGCAGAGCAAGAGUUUUGAUUCGGAGAAAAACUCUGUUCCAGUGCAAUCUCGACACAUGGGGAGGAAAACCCUGAAUUUACGGGAGAGACGCUUGGAAACUAGAGAGGAUAGAUAGAUAGAUAGAUAGAUAGAUAGAUAGAUAGAUAGAUAGAUAGAUAGAUAGAUAGAUAGAUAGAUAGACAGACAGACAGACAGACAGACAGACAGACAGACAGACAGACAGACAGAAAGAGAGGGUGUGUGCAUGCCACGAUCAUGCAAUCCACCUUCAGCCCUCAACUGGCUUGCUUAUGUGCCCUAACCCUCUCUCUCACUAUAUAUCCAGCGUGGCUGCAGACCCUCCCCAAGAAGACCGCGACGAGCAAGAACGCCAAAGACCCCGGAUGCUGCGAAGAGCUGAAGAAGCUGAAGGUCCAAGUGGCCAACAUCUCCUCCUUGUUAGCGGAGGUGAGCAAGAAGCAAGAUGACGUCCUGGGGCACGCCGUCACGCAGGUGAUGGCCCUGGAAGGGAGCGUCAAGCUGAUGGGCGCCCGCCUCGACGACGUGGAAGGGAAGUACUCGGAGAUGAACUCGCAACUGGGCAUCGUGCAGCUUCAGGCAGCUCAGACGGUCACCCAAACGUCCACAGACGCCGUGUACGACUGCUCGUCCCUUUAUCAGAGAAAUUACAGAUCUUCUGGGGUCUAUAAACUUCUCCCUGAUGAGUUUCUGGGAAGUCCAGAAUUGCAGGUAUAUUGUGACAUGGAGACAGAUGGGGGAGGCUGGACUGUCAUCCAAAGGCGGAAAAUUGGCUUGAUCUCUUUCAGCCAAAAUUGGAAGCAGUACAAGGAAGGGUUUGGAAGCCUGCAGGGAGAUUUCUGGCUGGGAAACGAACACAUCCAUCGGCUUUCCAGGAGGCCGUCCACGUUGCGUGUGGAGCUGGAGGACUGGGAUGGCAACAGCGUUUUUGCUCAAUACAGUCGUUUUGCGGUGGGCAACGAGUUGAGCAGCUACCGCCUCUUCCUGGCCAACUUCAGCGGCAGCGUACCACGCGACUCCAUGCGGUACCAUAACAACACGGCCUUCAGCACCAUGGACAAAGACAACGACAAGUGCGUUGAUCACUGUGCGGAGUUACGCAAAGGGGGCUACUGGUACAACUGUUGCACUGACUCCAACCUGAAUGGGGUUUACUAUCGUAAGGAUGAACAUAACAAGAGCACCGAUGGCAUCACCUGGUACAGCUGGCGUGGGAAACUCUAUUCGCUGAAGAGGGUCGAGAUGAAGAUCCGGUCAACGGACUUCAAGGCCUAGAGCAGUGGUUCUCAACCUUUAUAGUGCUGCAACCCCUUUAAUACAAUUCCCCACGAUGUGGCGACCCCUUUAAUACAAUUCCCCAUGAUGUGGCGACCCCAACCGUAAAAUUAUUUUCAUUUUGAAUU